UUUCACUUAAUUUCGUUGCCAUGACAACAGACUAAAUAUUGAUGGAGUGCCUUGCUUACCUUCUGGGAUUUUCACUUCUUGUGCAAGUUAUAGCAAAAGAUAUAUUUCUUAACGAUGAUAUUUCCUUAAGUAAAAAGGCAGCCACAAAAUUUUUAGUUCGUCGUAAAAGGGGCUGGUGGUCGAACGCGGCGGAAGAAUGUAGAGAAGGUUGUUCCUGGGAAGAAUGUGAGGAGAAUUCGUCAUCUAGAGAAGGAGGCAGAGAAAUCAUGAAGCAAUAUAAAUGCAGAUCGUAUACCUGUUCUUCAGGAUGUACAAAUACCAAUUCUAACUACGGACAUAUCAAUUAUCUGACUGUUGGAUGUAUCGUUCACGGAGGAUGGUCUUCAUGGGGAAGUUGGUCUUCUUGCACAAAAGCAUGUGGAAGUGGAACUAGGUAUCAUACACGAUCAUGUAGUAAUCCUAGUCCGAAAAAUGGUGGAAAUUACUGCUCUGGUAGCACAUCGGCCUACGCCUCCUGCAAUACACAUGCCUGUCCAAUUAAUGGAGGUUGGUCGUCGUAUGGGAGUUAUGGAUCUUGUUCUAAAAGUUGUGGUACUGGCUAUAAAUAUAGCUACAGAUACUGCAAUAAUCCAUCACCAGCUCAUGGCGGGAAUUCUUGUUCGGGUAGUUCUGUCACAAGUAGUACCUGUAACACCCAGGCAUGUCCAGUCAAUGGAGUAUGGAGUGAAUGGUCUAAGUAUAGUUUAUGUCCAGUGACUUGUGGAGGCGGUACAAAUACCCGGAGAAGAGCAUGCGACAAUCCAGCUCCUGCUCACGGAGGAAAAGAUUGUGUUGGUACCACAAGUGAAAACGGAGCAUGUAAUACUCUAGCCUGUCCAAAUUACUGCGGGACUGGCCCUUGUCGAAACGGCGCAGCGUGUGCGAAUAUUCACUACGGUUACCAGUGCACAUGUUUGAUAGGAUUCGAAGGCACCAAUUGUGAAACAAAUAUUGAUGAUUGUGUCUCUGUGGAUUGUCAACACGGUGGAAAGUGUAUAGAUCAAGUGAAUGCUUACAGUUGUGAAUGUCUUCCAGGAUACGCUGGUCGUCAUUGUGAAAUAGAUAUUGAUGAAUGUGCGUCUGGACCUUGUGAUAAUGGAGGUAGCUGUACAGAUGAAGUGAAUGGAUACACCUGCACAUGUGCUCCAGGUUAUAAUGGAGUUCACUGUGAAAUAGAUAUAAAUGAAUGUGCAUCUGGACCAUGUGAACACGGAGGUAGCUGUACUGAUGAAGUGAAUGGAUACACCUGUACAUGUGCUCCAGGUUAUAAUGGAGUUCACUGUGAAAGAGAUAUCAAUGAAUGUGCAUCUGGACCAUGUGAACACGGAGGUAGCUGUACAGAUAAUGUGAAUGGAUACACAUGUGCAUGUGUCCCCGGAUAUGACGGAGUUCACUGUGAAAGAGAUAUCAAUGAAUGUGCAUCUGGACCAUGUGAACACGGAGGUAGCUGUACAGAUAAUGUGAAUGGAUACACAUGUGCAUGUGUCCCCGGAUAUGACGGAGUUCAUUGUGAAAUAAAUAUUGAUGAAUGUGCGUCUGGACCUUGUGAUAAUGGAGGUAGCUGUACAGAUGAAGUGAAUGGAUACACAUGCACAUGUGCUCCAGGUUAUAAUGGAGUUCACUGUGAAAUAGAUAUAAAUGAAUGUGCAUCUGGACCAUGUGAACACGGAGGUAGCUGUACUGAUGAAGUGAAUGGAUACACCUGUACAUGUGCUCCCGGUUAUAAUGGAGUUCACUGUGAAAGAGAUAUCAAUGAAUGUGCAUCUGGACCAUGUGAACAUGGAGGUAGCUGUACAGAUAAUGUGAAUGAAUACACAUGCUCAUGUGUCCCCGGAUAUGACGGAGUUCAUUGUGAAAUAAAUAUAGACGAAUGUGCUCCAAAGCCAUGUCAGAAUGGAGGUACCUGUACUGAUGGAAUAAACGAAUACACCUGCACAUGUGCCGCUGGUUAUACAGACAAUAACUGUCAAACAAAUAUUGAUGAAUGUGCGUCUUCACCUUGUGAUAAUGGAGGUAGCUGUACAGAUGAGGUGAAUAGAUACACCUGCACAUGUGCUCCAGGUUAUAAUGGAGUUCAUUGUGAAAUAGAUAUAAAUGAAUGUGCAUCUGGACCAUGUGAACACGGAGGUAGCUGUACUGAUGAAGUGAAUGGAUACACCUGUACAUGUGCUCCAGGUUAUAAUGGAGUUCACUGUGAAAGAGAUAUCAAUGAAUGUGCAUCUGGACCAUGUGAACACGGAGGUAGCUGUACAGAUAACGUGAAUGGAUACACAUGUGCAUGUGUCCCCGGAUAUGACGGAGUUCAUUGUGAAAUAAAUAUAGACGAAUGUGCUCCAAAGCCAUGUCAGAAUGGAGGUACCUGUACUGAUGGAAUAAACGAAUACACCUGCACAUGUGCCGCUGGAUAUACAGACAAUAACUGUCAAACAAAUAUUGAUGAAUGUGCGUCUGCACCUUGUGAUAAUGGAGGUAGCUGUACAGAUGAGGUGAAUAGAUACACCUGCACAUGUGCUCCAGGUUAUAAUGGAGUUCAUUGUGAAAUAGAUAUAAAUGAAUGUGCAUCUGGACCAUGUGAACAUGGAGGUAGCUGUACUGAUGAAGUGAAUGGAUACACCUGUACAUGUGCUCCAGGUUAUAAUGGAGUUCACUGUGAAAGAGAUAUCAAUGAAUGUGCAUCUGGACCAUGUGAACACGGAGGUAGCUGUACAGAUAACGUGAAUGGAUACACAUGUGCAUGUGUCCCCGGAUAUGACGGAGUUCAUUGUGAAAUAAAUAUAGACGAAUGUGCUCCAAAGCCAUGUCAGAAUGGAGGUACCUGUACUGAUGGAAUGAACGAAUACACCUGCACAUGUGCCGCUGGAUAUACAGACAAUAACUGUCAAACAAAUAUUGAUGAAUGUGCGUCUUCACCUUGUGAUAAUGGAGGUAGCUGUACAGAUGAGGUGAAUAGAUACACCUGCACAUGUGCUCCAGGUUAUAAUGGAGUUCAUUGUGAAAUAGAUAUAAAUGAAUGUGCAUCUGGACCAUGUGAACAUGGAGGUAGCUGUACUGAUGAAGUGAAUGGAUACACCUGUACAUGUGCUCCAGGUUAUAAUGGAGUUCACUGUGAAAGAGAUAUCAAUGAAUGUGCAUCUGGACCAUGUGAACACGGAGGUAGCUGUACAGAUAACGUGAAUGGAUACACAUGUGCAUGUGUCCCCGGAUAUGACGGAGUUCAUUGUGAAAUAAAUAUAGACGAAUGUGCUCCAAAGCCAUGUCAGAAUGGAGGUACCUGUACUGAUGGAAUAAACGAAUACACCUGCACAUGUGCCGCUGGAUAUACAGACAAUAACUGUCAAACAAAUAUUGAUGAAUGUGCGUCUGCACCUUGUGAUAAUGGAGCUAGCUGUACAGAUGAGGUGAAUGGAUACACAUGCACAUGUGCUCCAGGUUAUAAUGGAGUUCAUUGUGAAAUAGAUAUAAAUGAAUGUGCAUCUGGACCAUGUGAACACGGAGGUAGCUGUACUGAUGAAGUGAAUGGAUACACCUGCACAUGUGCUCCAGGUUAUAAUGGAGUUCACUGUGAAAAAGAUAUCAAUGAAUGUGCAUCUGGACCAUGUGAACACGGAGGUAGCUGUACAGAUAACGUGAAUGGAUACACAUGUGCAUGUGUCCCCGGAUAUGACGGAGUUCAUUGUGAAAUAAAUAUAGACGAAUGUGCUCCAAAGCCAUGUCAGAAUGGAGGUACCUGUACUGAUGGAAUAAACGAAUACACCUGCACAUGUGUCGCUGGAUAUACAGACAAUAACUGUCAAACAAAUAUUGAUGAAUGUGCGUCUGCACCUUGUGAUAAUGGAGCUAGCUGUACAGAUGAGGUGAAUGGAUACACCUGCACAUGUGCUCCAGGUUAUAAUGGAGUUCAUUGCGAAAUAGAUAUAAAUGAAUGUGCAUCUGGACCAUGUGAACAUGGAAGUAGCUGUACUGAUGAAGUGAAUGGAUACACCUGUACAUGUGCUCCAGGUUAUAAUGGAGUUCACUGUGAAAGAGAUAUCAAUGAAUGUGCAUCUGGACCAUGUGAACACGGAGGUAGCUGUACAGAUAUUGUGAAUGGAUACACAUGUGCAUGUGUCCCCGGAUAUGACGGAGUUCAUUGUGAAAUAAAUAUAGACGAAUGUGCUCCAAAGCCAUGUCAGAAUGGAGGUACCUGUACUGAUGGAAUAAACGAAUACACCUGCACAUGUGCCGCUGGAUAUACAGACAAUAACUGUCAAACAAAUAUUGAUGAAUGUGCGUCUGCACCUUGUGAUAAUGGAGCUAGCUGUACAGAUGAAGUGAAUGGAUACACCUGCACAUGUGCUCCAGGUUAUAAUGGAGUUCAUUGUGAAAUAGAUAUAAAUGAAUGUGCAUCUGGACCAUGUGAACAUGGAGGUAGCUGUACUGAUGAAGUGAAUGGAUACACCUGUACAUGUGCUCCAGGUUAUAAUGGAGUUCACUGUGAAAGAGAUAUCAAUGAAUGUGCAUCUGGACCAUGUGAACACGGAGGUAGCUGUACAGAUAACGUGAAUGGAUACACAUGUGCAUGUGUCCCCGGAUAUGACGGAGUUCAUUGUGAAAUAAAUAUAGACGAAUGUGCUCCAAAGCCAUGUCAGAAUGGAGGUACCUGUACUGAUGGAAUAAACGAAUACACCUGCACAUGUGCCGCUGGAUAUACAGACAAUAACUGUCAAACAAAUAUUGAUGAAUGUGCGUCUGCACCUUGUGAUAAUGGAGGUAGCUGUACGGAUGAGGUGAAUGGAUACACCUGCACAUGUGCUCCAGGUUAUAAUGGAGUUCAUUGUGAAAUAGAUAUAAAUGAAUGUGCAUCUGGACCAUGUGAACAUGGAGGUAGCUGUACUGAUGAAGUGAAUGGAUACACCUGUACAUGUGCUCCAGGUUAUAAUGGAGUUCACUGUGAAAGAGAUAUCAAUGAAUGUGCAUCUGGACCAUGUGAACACGGAGGUAGCUGUACAGAUAACGUGAAUGGAUACACAUGUGCAUGUGUCCCCGGAUAUGACGGAGUUCAUUGUGAAAUAAAUAUAGACGAAUGUGCUCCAAAGCCAUGUCAGAAUGGAGGUACCUGUACUGAUGGAAUAAACGAAUACACCUGCACAUGUGCCGCUGGAUAUACAGACAAUAACUGUCAAACAAAUAUUGAUGAAUGUGCGUCUGCACCUUGUGAUAAUGGAGGUAGCUGUACAGAUGAGGUGAAUGGAUACACCUGCACAUGUGCUCCAGGUUAUAAUGGAGUUCAUUGUGAAAUAGAUAUAAAUGAAUGUGCAUCUGGACCAUGUGAACAUGGAGGUAGCUGUACAGAUGAGGUGAAUGGAUACACCUGCACAUGUGCUCCAGGUUAUAAUGGAGUUCAUUGUGAAAUAGACAUAAAUGAAUGUGCAUCUGGACCAUGUGAACAUGGAGGUAGCUGUACUGAUGAAGUGAAUGGAUACACCUGUACAUGUGCUCCAGGUUAUAAUGGAGUUCACUGUGAAAGAGAUAUCAAUGAAUGUGCAUCUGGCCCAUGUGGAAACGGAGGUAGUUGUACAGAUAAUGUGAAUGGAUACACAUGUGAAUGUGUCCCCGGAUAUGACGGAGUUCAUUGUGAAAUAAAUAUUGAUGAAUGUGCGUCUGCACCUUGUAAUAAUGAAGGUAGCUGUACUGAUGAAGUAAAUGGAUACACCUGCACAUGUGCUCCAGGUUAUAAUGGAGUUCACUGUGAAAUAGAUAUAAACGAAUGUGCAUCUACACCAUGUGAACACGGAGGUAGCUGUACAGAUAAUGUGAAUGGAUACACGUGUUCGUGUGUUCCCGGAUAUGACGGAGUUCAUUGUGAAAUAAAUAUUAACGAGUGUGAAUCUGAUCCUUGUAAUAAUGGUGGUACCUGUAAUGAUGAAGUUAAUGGGUACAGUUGUGAAUGUGCUCCAGGAUAUACGGACGACACCUGCCAAACAGAUAUUGACGAAUGUGCACCGUUACCAUGUGAGAAUGAUGGGAGCUGUGAAGACAGAGUAAAUGGAUACCAUUGUUCAUGUGUUGGUCAAUUUUAUGGAGAAAAUUGUCAAAACCAUGAUGGUGGAUGGUCUAUAUGGAGUGAGUUUUCGGUAUGUUCGACAACUUGUGGUAGUGGUAUACAGAUUUCAACGAGAGAUUGUUCCAGCCCAGAACCAAUUGGUGGUGGUAAAAACUGUGAAGGAGAACAAUACAAGACUCAAACAUGUUCUAAUGAAGCAGAUUGUGCAGGUUUGGAAAUAUUCUUUUUUAAAGUUUAA